AUGCCGUUUGACUUUAAUGGGAAGAAAGUGCUAGUGACGGGAGCAGUUAAAGGAAUCGGACGAGGAGUGGCUAUUGCUCUAAGUGAAAGUGGUUGCAAAGUUUAUGCUUUAAGUCGGACAAAAUCUUCACUCGAUUCGUUAACAGAAGAAUAUCCAAAUAUAACAUCUAUUGUAGCGGAUUUAUGUAAAUGGGAAGAUACGAAGAAAAAGUUAGAAAAGCUUGAAGUUUUGGACGGUUUGGUGAAUAAUGCAGGGAUAGAUGGCUAUGAUUACACAGCAUUGGAGUGUCCAAGAGAGUACUUGUGUAAGUUACUGGAUAACAACCUUCUUAGCGCAAUAAACUGUUCACAAGUGGUUGCUAAGAAAAUGAUAGAAGUCAAAAUUAAAGGGACAAUAGUCAAUGUAUCGAGUGUAGCAUAG